AUGGAUAAAUUAACAAAGAUAAUAGAAAAGAGAAGCAGUGUUCGCAGCAGCGUCACUAAGCUACUAAAAAGAGCGCAUGUAGCUCUGGAGGAAGAAAAAGAAAAAAGCGACUUAAAUACUUUGGAAGAAAUCCUUGAACUUUUAGGAACUAAAGAGGAAAUUUUAAAACAAUAUAACCAAGAAGUAGAAGACCUUAUUACCGAUCCAGAAAAAUUCAAAUCGGAAUUAAAAGGAUCUGAAGAAUAUGAGGAUAAAAUAUUAACAGUCAAAAUUAAAUUGAGGUGUCAUCUAAAACAGGUCACCGUAAAUACUUCUGCCCAGGAAUCUAAUUCGAGCCUAAACAAAUCAAUAAAUGCAGUUUCGGCUCUUAAACUACCUAAAUUAGAAAUUCCACGUUUUUCUGGCGAUACAAAUUUCAUGGAAUUCCUUAAUUGCUAUAAUAGUGCAAUCGGAUAUAAUGACUCCUUAACUAAAAUAGAAAAAUUUCAAUACUUAAAAUCGUUGCUUUCUCCCCCCGCGUACAACGUAGUUGCUGGAUUUGAGUUAAAUGAAAAGAAUUAUGAUUCUUGUAUUGAGCUUUUAAAUCAACGCUAUGGGCGUAAGGAUUUCAUCAUAAAUUCCUAUAUGUCUAGACUACUAAAUUUAGAGCCCGUUAGAAAUUCCUCCCAUGUUAAAGGCUUGCGUAGAUUGUAUGACGACAUUGAAAUAAAUAUAAGAAAUUUAAAAUCUCUAGAUGUUACGGAGGGAUCUUAUGGUCAUUUGUUGAAUCCUUUAUUAUUAAAAUUAUUGCCCCAAGAUUUGGUUUUAGAUUUUCAUCGGAAGCGCAGUAAGGAUAAUAACUGUGAGGUUUCGGAAAUUAUGGAUUUCUUAAGAAACGAAGUUGAAUCGAGGGAAAUUUGUGAGUCAAUUAUUAGUAACCCAAAAAGUUCUGAAACUCAACGCACCUUUUCUCCAAAUUAUAAUAGGUAUCAAAAAAAUUAUUUAAGGCCAAAAAAUGUUUCGUCCGCAGCGGCAUUGCAUACCCAGGUAAAAGGUGUUUGUAUAUUUUGCGAUUGCGUAAACGGUCAUGAUUCAACAAAUUGUAAACUUUUGAAUAUCGAAGAAAAAAUAAAUAAACUUAAGGUUGAGGGUAGAUGUUGGAACUGUUUUAAAAAAAAUCAUAUGAGCAGAUUCUGUAAAUCAGGUAUCGUGUGUAAAAAAUGUUCUUCUAAAUUUCACCAUGAAUCAGUAUGUAGAAAAAAUGAUAACCCUCUUAGCAGUGUGAGAAACGUAGCUGGAAGGCAAACUGAAAUCUCAAGUAAUUCUCAUAAUUCGCCUUCGAUGUUAAAUAAAAAUGUUGAAAAUAUUUCUGUAUCGCAUAGUAAUGUUAAUGCGAAAAAUAAGGCCUUUUUACAAACUUGUUCGGUCUUUGCUAGUUCGGAUAAAAGGUCGGUAUUAACAAGUGCCAUUUUGGAUAGCGCUUCUCACAAGAGUUUUAUCUCGGCUAAAUUAGCUAAAGCGUUAAAUCUCAAACCAAUAAGAUACGAAGAGCUUGCUAUAUAUUCUUUUGGCCAAACUACGGCUCAUAAAAAACGAUAUCCGGUCGUAUGCUUGAAGCUUGAGAAUAGGCAUGAUCGAUCAAAAUUUUAUAUGCUCGAAGCUCUGGUAAUAGAAAUAAUUUCUAACUUGUCUUUAAAUAUUCCAGACGACUCUAUUUUGAGCGAGUUGAAGACAAAAAACAUACAACUUGCCGACUCAUUUGACAAGGGGGUUCCGGUGGAAAUUCUAGUGGGCAGUGACUCCUUUUGGGAAGUUGUUUAUGACCAACGGGAAAGGGUCUGUCAGAACACCUGGGUCAUAAAUUCAGUCUUCGGGUGGCUAAUAGGGGGUGUCGGUAAGAGGGACGAUUCGACUGAAAGUUGCGAAAAUGUUUGUUUGAUAAUGGAUUCUUCCUCUAUUUUGUUUGAGCUCAAUAAAUUUUGGGAGAUAGAGGAAUUUCCUAACGAAAUACGAGGUCUUUCUGAGAGGGAUGAUCAAUUAAUUAAAACCUUCGAAAAUAAUUUGAAAUUUAAUGGAAAACGGUAUGUUUGCAAAUUAAUGUGGAAAGAUAAUAUGGGACCUCCAGUUGAAUUGGAUUCUAAUUUUGAAGUUGCGGAAAGGCGCUUUAAUUCAAUGGAAAGGAAAUUAAAUAAAAAUCCCGAAAUUGCGGACCAGUACAAAAAAAUUGUUAAGGAUCAAUUAGAAUGCGAUAUUGUCGGAAAAUGUGUUUAUAAAGACACUCGGACGGGAUAUUAUAUGCCUCACAGAGCGGUUAUCCGUGACGAUAAAGCUACGACUCAAGUAAGAAUAGUCUAUGAUUGUAGUAGUAAGGGAGGGGAAAAUAAAAAAUCUUUGAAUGAUUCACUUGAGACAGGAGUUAAUCUUAAUGCCAAUUUAUUGGAUGUUACUCUUAAAUUUCGGGAAAAUCAAAUUGCGUUUUGCGGAGAUUUAGAAAAGGCAUUUCUUAUGAUAGAGAUUGCAGUGGAAGAUAGAAAAUAUCUAAAAUUUUUAUGGUUUCCGGACGAUACGGGCGACUCAAAGCAAGUAUCUAAUUUUAAUCGUCUUCCCUUUGGCUUAACUACAUCUCCCUUUGCUUUGGCUUGCGUUUUAAAAUUUCAUAUAAGGAAAUUUAGAGAUAAAUAUCCUAAAUGUUGUGAAAUGUUAAAUUCUCUAUAUGUCGAUGACUUAUAUUAUGGAGCAGAUACCGCGCAGGAUGCUUAUCAGUUAACUUCUUCUGCUAUAGAUAUAUUACGCUCCGCCGGGUUUAAUUUAAGGAAAUUAAGAACUAAUUGUGUCGAGCUAAAUAAACUUUGGUUUGAGAAUGGGUAUAAAGAAAAUACUGAUCAUGGGCAAGGAUCGGGUUUCUUAGGAUUGAAUUGGGAUACAAUUGAGGACGAGAUUAAGUGGAAUUUAAAAGAUGUUAGGAAUUCCUUGGAAUUUGGAAUCACCAACGGAACUUCUAAAAGACAUGUACUGAGAAUAAUCUCUCAAAUUUUCGAUCCUUGUGGACUAAUCAGCCCUUUUGUAAUCACAGUUAAAAUUCUCAUUCAAGAAUUAUGGAAAAGGAGCCUUGAAUGGGAUGAACAGCUACCACAGGAUUUGGAAGAAAAACGGAACACUUGGUGCUCUGAACUCUCUGCUAUAGAUAACUUGCGGAUUGAACGUUUACGAAAUUAA